AUCUCAUACCAUGCAAGUUGAUGCUGUGGCUGGAUCAGAUGGUGCAGAACAUGAAGAGACAGCUCAGGAAGAGCAGAAGUUUGUAGAUCCAUUGGAUAGAUUUCUCCCACCACCACCCAAAGUUAAAUGCUCUGAAUGCCUACAAAGAAAGAUAAAUAAAUUUCUUGAGUAUAAGAAGGCUGGAAAAAGUUUUAAUGCAACAGUUCGCAAUAGGAAGGACUAUCGGAACCCUGACUUCCUGUUGCAUGCUGUGAGGUGUCAAGAUAUUGACCAAAUAGGAUCUUGCUUUGAUAAGGAUGUAUUGGACCCUCAUAGAUUUGACCUAAGUGACUACUACGACCAAAUAGGUGCAGAUAUGAGACGUGGAAGUGACAAGAAAGAGCUGGAGAAGAAAGCCCAGAAAGUUGAAUUUGUCUCUAGGGGAGCACAACCAGGAAUUGUAACUGGUGUUCCAAGGAUCAAUGUACCUGUUGCAGGUAUAAAGCAACCUAGUGGUUUGCCUUUGAUGCCUCCUACUGCUGAGGCCACCAAUCGUGAUGGUAGGCUGGACAAAAAAUCAAAAUGGGACGAGGUGGAUGGGGAUCAGAAAAAUCCUCUGCCCUUUGUGGGGCAGGAUUCUGUGCCCGCUCACGCUGCAAUUUUACUGCUAAUGCUGGUGAUGGGUAGCAAAAACGACGAGAGGCAGAGGAGAGAAGGUCAACUGAAAGGAAGGAAAGAAGGUGAUGAGCCACACUCAUUUUGGUCUGUCAAACUAAUACCUCCAACCAUUUUGAAGUCCUUUAGAUUGCCGUCGACAAAAAUGUUUGUCUAUUCAUGUGAUAAAUGA